GCGAGCUAGCUCUCUGUUUUGUUUGAAAGUCAACAGAAGGGACGUUACCCAGCAGCGCUUAGAGCACCUUUAAAGAGAACCUGGAUGUUUACAACUGAGCACGUUCACACAGAUGGUAGACCACAUUUACUGUGCCAAGAGAAUCAACAACACAACACAACACCUGAGGGAGCUGUUCCAGAUUCAACAGAGUAAAGAUCGUAAUCAGUAAUCACACACUCACCCACAAGUAGAAACACACAUGCGCGCACACACAUACACACAAAAUAAACCCUAUGGAAACAACAAUUGUAUUGACUAAUAAAGCAACUUAAAGCAACACUAAAGCACUUUUCCUGUUGCACGCACGCUAUUUGUUUAUCCAGCACUGGCUUUGGAAAUAACAAUGUCUCCAGACAAGGUAGACUACGUUGCAUGAUUUUAUGAAAGUAUGAUGUAUUGCGACAUCAGAAGCAAGUCAAAUUUGUAGUUUCUUAUGUCUCAUUCCAUCAAACUACAGAUCCUACAGAACUACAGGAAUGCAGAAGUGCCGUUCACGCUGUUACGAGUUGAUGAACCACUGAAACGAUUUUGGAAACAUUAUUUUAAGGCACAAAAAACUCUUUGGUGUUGCUUUAGAGUAGGAACAACUUAAUGGAUUCAAAAUUGCUUCAGACAAGUAUAUUUGAUGUUUCAUCCUGUACGCUAGAGGGCGGUAGGCUUAUGUGCUCGACUAAAUCUUACGUCAGUCGGUCAAGGCGUACGUUUACAGGAACAUCCGAGCAGAGGGGCAUUAAACACCAAAACAAACCACUAGAGAUGCCUGUCUUCUAUUCUACCGAUGUAUCUCGUUACUCGUGAAUCUGGGCUACAGUUCAUAUUGGCGGUUAUAUUUUUAAGAAGGAAAGCUGCGAGUAUUGAGGUGUAAAUUAUGAAAGAAGAGUUUUCUCUUUCUUUUUUUUUCUCCAUCACACGAGAGGUUUACGAGACUCUUAGGUUAUUGGACCUUGCCGUUCUUCUUUUCUCAAACUAGAAACUAUUGGACUAUUUUAAAUUCAGAGGCAUCAAAGCACUUAGCAAAAACAGGAGGACGACAUAGUGAGUUCUAUCCCAUCAGAACACACCGGCAGCUUGUGUUGCGCUUGACCGAUGGAGAGAAGGCAUCAAGAUGGACAAGAUUGACCUGCACAUGGACAUAAGUUACAAGAGAGCCUGCAUAGACCUGAAGAAGGCCACCCAGUACAUCACUCAAGCACUACAGCAUGAAGUAGGUCGGAAUCAGGAGCUCUGCAUGUUGAUUCGUCGUCUGGAAGAGAAGGAGGUGGAGACUGGGCGGAGCCUGACAGAGCAGGUGGAGUCAAAUAUGCAGCUAAAGCUGAAGAUCGAUGAACUGCAGAAACACCUGGAGGAGAAGAACAACUCACUGACACAGGCCAACCAGACUGUGGCUUUCCUGAAGAAUGAGCUAAGGGAUCUGCAUCAACAUCUGCAAACCCAGCAAAAUAAUAGGACGGUUCAGGAAGUGAAUAAGUGGCCACAGGGUGGAGAAAGCCAGAUCAAGCAAAUCAAGAGUCCCAGCUCUCCUGUCCAAUCAGAUCAGCUGAUGGCAGCUGAUGAGCCACUGGUCUGGUCAGAACAAAUGAUCUCGCCUGAAGUCCAGAGCGUACUGGCGUCGUCUGAUGGUCAGAUUCCGCCAGUCUCGUCUGAUGGUCACAUUCUGCUGAUCUCGUCUGAUGGUCAGACCCAUGCGGAAGCCCCAGUGUCCGGGAUUAAAGAAGAAAAUGCUGUUCAUGGAUAUGAGGAGUGCAGUCAGUAUGAGACCAGAUUGGAGUAUAUUGUCACUUCCGCUGCUGACAUUAAACUUGAACAGAUCCAGACUCCGCUGGUCUCGUCUGACGAUCAGAGGCUGCUAGAGGCUCCAGUCUCUGAAGAUGAAGAUGGUGACGAUGAUGAGUAUGAAGAGUACAGUCAUCCAGAUGUAACAUUAACUAAAGUGGAUGUGAUGAUUAUCAAGGUAAAAUACCAGGACAUAAAAAAAUACAUCAAGAUAUGUGAGCCAUGCUUGGAUAUGUUCAUGACUGAAGUCCGGGUGAAGUUCUCCAUAAAUGAAGACAAAACCUUGAUAGUGACUGAUGAUGGAGGAAUGGAAGUGGAUGCUGAUGUGUUUCCAGAGCUGGUUACCAAGGACAUGUGCUUAGUCAUCCAUGAUUCUGAUGAAGAGUCGCCUAUCCCUGAGUUUUCAUCUAGCCUCACGGACACAUGUUCGUUGCCAAGUAGUCAGGAUAGUGGGACUACCCUUAGCUUGUGCAAAAGAGCAUGCUUGGAGGAAGACGUGUUGCAGUGUGCUCCAGCCAGAGAGCUUGUUAAGAAGGUUCUGCUCGAGAAACCUGGUGGAGCGGCAAUCAUGAAAGAGUAUGAGGACACUGGGAGUUUGUGUGACAGUUCGAGGCGACAGAUGGUCAACAUUUUAGCGGCACACAUGACAGAAACUGAAGGGAGAAUUCCACAAAGGCUGACUAAGGAAAAAUAUGCCCUUGGUGUCAUCACCUUGUUCCCAUACCUGAAAGACCCAUUCUCUAAAAAAGGCUAUGAGCAUUUCUAUGAUGCCCAAAGUGGAACAGGAUUCAUCGCUUGGCGACUCAAGACCAUCCAACGGAAGACUAAGCUUCGUCCUCCGUCAUCUGGUUCUCCGAAGGCAGAUGGUGGUCCAACGGUCGCCAGGAAUAUCAGUCAAGAUCAGCUUCAGGAUGAGGCAUGUGAAGAGGCCAUUUCUCUGAUGACCCAUACCAAUGAUCGUGAGACAAUAUUCCAGAAGAUGCAAGAGACAUUCCAGUACAGGCAGAGGCUUAUCCACAACCCUGCAACUUCAGCAAAAGUCUUGUCCGUGUUCCCAAGACUGUUGGACACAAAAGGAUUAGUUCUUCAAGACUUCAGCCUUCUCGUUGGAUCUGAAACAUCUGCAAGACUUCUGGAAAGAUGGCCCUCAUUCAAGCCCAAGCUGAUAAAAGAAGGAGCUGCACUUGUACAAACACCAUUGCUCCAACGCCUAUUGCUGUCUGCCAGGGAGGAGCAAGUGGAGCCGUCUGCAGACAACUUACAAGGCUGGGACAGUGAUAUGUCCACUUUACUCCUGCUGUUGCACAUCCUGUCACCUCAGGCAGCUGGGAGAAAGAGGAGUCACAAGAUCAGUGCAAGUCGAGCCAUAGACAACUUGGUAGUUUUUCACAAGUCAUGCCAGAGUCUUGAUGAGCACUUGAAUGAAGAUGAACGUCGGCAGCCAUAUCUGCUAGCUUCGGGAACCUCCAAGCGAGCCAUCAACAACUUCUACAUAGCCAUGGAUAAGAAGCUCAUUCCAUGCCAAGGAAACACGUCUCUGGCAGCAUUCGACGAGCUUUUCAAGGUUCAUUUUGUUUUCAGUUUGAGUUACGACGAGUCUCUUUGUAGCUUUUUUACAUUCUUGCAGACCACUGUCUACAAUAUUGAUGUGGGAACCACCAAAGAGAGCCCAAAAGUAAAGGAAUUGCGAGCAAAGUUGAUGAAUAAUGUAUAGGUGUUACGUUUGUGGGACACUGCAUGGCUCUGGUGGGGUCUUGAUUCAACAACUUAAACUCUUACAUGGCUUAUAUCCUGGCAAAAGGUUACGUUUGAUAUUUGCACAGGAUAGUUGUUUGAGUUCAGGUUACUCUGGUUUCCGCAGACAUCUUAAACGUUUACACACUGACUCUAAUGCUACUGAACCAAGUUGGUCAGACGAACCAAUGCCUAUGUCUGACAUCACAACCAAUGACAUCACAAUGCCUACGUCUGACAUCACAUCAUCAGGUAUGCUGGCACUGCCUUUGGAUGGGUGUGGUGAUUCACAUUCUAUUGAAACUUUGGACUUAUAUCAAGACUUGGCCAAUCAAAGUGAAUGUUCUAUAGUGUCAAAACAUAUGUGUGCUUCUGUUGUUGCAAAGUUGCAGGGCAGUGGAGGUUCAACUAAUGUUAUUUUGUCAGUUGUUGGGAGUAUGGAGGAAUGUUUGAAUGAUAUCCACACAUCCAUUAAACAUCAAAUCUUGAAGGUUGUUCCAGAGUGCAACCCUAGUAGAAGGGCAGUUGAGGAUGUAGAACCCCUUGAGGAUGUAGAACCCCUGAGGAUGUAGAACUUGCAGAACCCCUUUUCUGAACUCAACACUGAUAGCAAAUAGAAAAAAAUAUUUUCAUACUAAAUGGGGAAUACACAACCUGUAGAGGUGCAUUUAGGAGUGAGAUAUGAUUCUAAGAAAAACAAAGUUUCUGGAAAUUAUGAACAGGUACCAGACAAUGACACUUUCAUCUAUAUACCGUUGUUUAAAACACUUGAUUUUAUUUUCAAGAAUGAGGUGAUUCGCAGCCACAUCCCAUCUUCUACAUUUAGUGAUCUGUAUUCUGAUUUCUGCGAUGGUUCUUAUUUUAAGACUAAUCAGUUGUACUCUAAAACCGAACAUGCCCUACAGAUUCCGGUUUAUUAAGACUUUCGAAACCGCUAACCCUCUCGGUUCCAAGCAUGGGGUACAUAAGCUCGGAUGUUUGUAUUUCACAAUCUUCCACCUCAUCUCAAUUCUUCACUUAUGAAUAUACAUCUCAUUUCUCUAUUUCACUCACGAGACGCCAAGAAAUAUGGCUUGGAUAAAAUACUGACUCCUUUUCGAGAUGAUGUUAAAAAACUUGAAGUUCAUAGAAUGAAAGUGUCAUUUUCUGAGGAACCUCUUUAUGGAACAAUAUCACAGAUUACGGGUGACAAUUUAGGUUCGAAUGGCAUCCUUGGCUAAGUAGAGUCUUUCAGUACCACCUACUAUUGCAGGCUAUGCUUAACAGACAAGCACACAGCUCAGACUGUAUAGUGAACAUGAUCCAAGGGUUGUUUUGAGAUCAAGAGAGCUGAAUGAACAGCAUUACAAAUCCCUUGAGAACUCUGGUGAUGGUUUAUGGAUAUGGUAUCAAGCACAACAGCAUUCUCAAUGAUUUAAAAUAUUUUAAUGUUGCAGAUAAUGUUGUCGUUGAUAUAAUGCACGACCUGCUUGAAGGUGUAGCACAGUAUGAAAUCAAGCUACUUUUAGACUACCUCUCUCAACAUUUCAUUACCAGUGAACACAUCCUACUGAGAAUUUAUGGUUAUAGCUAUGAAUACUUGGCCAACAAAGAUCAAUAUGCAGCGUAAUCGACUUGGUCUUAAUGCUAGUCAAACUAUGUGUCUUUUGAGAAACAUUCCACUCAUAUUUGGGAGUGUUGUUCCAGAUAAAGAUUAACAUUGGAGUCUACUCCUACUUCUGCUUGAUAUUUCUAGUAUAAUCUUUUCGCCUAACAUUUCUGAGGGUAUGACAGUCUAUUUGGGGUCUUUGAUCGCAGAGCAUCACAAAUUAUUGAAGAAAGUCUACCUUAGUCAGAAUUUGCUCCCUAAACACCAUCUAAUGAUCCAUUAUCCAGGUGUGAUUAGAAAAACCGGUCCAUUUGUCCAUGUAUGGACCAUGCUAUACGAGGCCAAACACAGAUUUUUUUUAAAACCAGCAUUAAAAAUUUCAAAAAUUUGACAGUCUUUAGCAGUAAAGCAUCAGUUAGCUACAGCCUAUCAUUGGGAGUCACUUACGUCACUUAAAGGUAUCGAAUCAGGUCCAGUGAAAACUGAAAUCUUAAAUGAGUUUGACUAUGAGGAACUGGUCUGUGCACAUUUCCAAAUGGACAAGUCCACUACUGUUUGUUCUACUUUGUGGGUAAGAUGUGAUGUGGUUGAUUACCAUUGUGGAUCUAUUGUUUGUGUUGAUGUGGAGGAUGAAAUGCCAUUGUUUGGUAAAAUUGUGUCAAUAAUUAUACAAAAACAAGACAUACAUUUUAUUUUGAUGGAUACUGAGAGACUGUUUAUGUCGAGCACCUUUACGCUUUUGAGGUUAAAGAACUUAAUCAUUAUUAUAUUGUUAAAAAAGAUGAUUUGCAACAUUACAAACCGUUUGAUCUUCAGAUGUCAUAUGGCUGUGAUUUGUUGUUUUAUAUUGUGCCUGACUGUUGCAUUUUGUAAUGAGCUGAAUGUUUCACUGUUUAAUAAAUAAAUGUAGUACAUCUUUA